CAAUCAUCUUAUUCGACGUCAUCUAACCUCCCGCUACCUUUAUAAAUCUUCCUCUCUUUCUCGAAGGACUAGAUCAGUAUCCAUUCCGAUCAUCAUACUCGAAUCCAACACAAACGAAUCUACCACUUCACUUCCCGGAAAUACUCUCAUCCACCACCAUGUCGGGUUUCAUCCACAAGGCCGAAGAUGCUCUACAUCUUCACCACAAGGACAAGGGCGAGCACAAGCACGACAAUGCACAUGAGCAUCCCCCUACUAUCGGUCAUGAUGGUUUGUUACGACUUUCCCAGCUCAUCUAUCUAGCAUCGAAAAAGAUACUGGUGACUAACAUUAUAGGAAUAGGCCACGAGCACACUCACCGCUCCCACCCCCCUCAGAACAAGCAUACGCACCACCACCCCAAUGAGGACCAGAUCGCUCGAGACGAUUUCAAAGCUGACAGGGAAUACGACCGUGCGUUGAAGUCUCCGCACCAUGGCCCUGGACUUGGCUUUGAGGCGUAGGAGGUGGGAUCGUCAAUAUUCUGAUGUUUACUUUUGAUGUUCUAAUGAUCAUAAUGCCAUCUUGUUGAGUGAUAUCUCUUUCAAUACAUUUACUACAGUAUGUCAUAUGGUUAAGCCUUAAGAAAUUUCAGUACCCCGCCUUAGGAUCGAGUGGCUGCUUCUGGAGGCAGGUAGAGCGAAGCUAUACCCCGUUAGGAAGAUUAUAGUAUCCGAGGUGAGAUUUCGAACGGCGACUGAUUGGAC